AGGGAGUCAUUCCUAGUAGUUGUGUUUAUUCAAUGUUGGAAUCACUUCAAUUGUUAGAGUUUAUACUGUCAGGGGAAGAAGUGUCUCUUCCUAUUCUACAAAAGAUAAGGAAUGAUACAUCUAGUAAUGAUGAGAAAGCUUUUGUUUUCAUGGAGACUAUUAAUGAUGAUCCUAUUAUGAUACCUGCACUGAGACAAGACAAAAAACAGCAUGAUAAAGGAGUCACUGGGAGAGUGGACUGGGGCAGUGACAGUGUAUACCUUGAGUCUCCAUCUCCAGUUCAGUGUAAUGAAGUGAUUAGUAAUAUUAAUAGUAAUCAUAUUAAGAAGCUUGACCUCCGCUACUCAUCUACUAAUAGUACAGUAUCUCUACUAUCAUCAACUAAACUGCAUACACUAAACCUGAGGAGUCUUGAGAUAUGGACCACUCCGUUAACUAAUAAUUGUAUCCAGUACUUGUGUAUACUACUAACUAAUAAUAAAACAAUACAAGAACUAGUCAUCAAUUACCACUCCAUUAGUGAUAGAGGAGUUACUAAUAUCUGUCAAGCACUUGAACACAACUCUACACUUACCUCAUUAGAUCUUCAUCGUAAUCCUCUCAUCACUUCUACUAGUGGACAAGCUCUUUCUCACCUCCUCCUCAAUAACUCAUCACUAGUUGGACUGGAUCUAAGGAAGACUUCAUUGUCUACUAAGUCAAUACUACUCAUCUUCCAGUCACUAAUGGAUAAUAAGAAUAUAAGGAGACUCAGGCUAGAUGAGCAACACAAAGAGACUUGUAUUAAUACUUAUCCUAACUAUCACCUCAUACAAGACAGAGUAAACUGGUACUAAUCACUCUUCAUGUGAAAUCAUAGUCUUUUGAAAUUAUUAUACCAAGUCAGUUCAUCUUCACCAAUAAGCAACCAAUCAGAAUACACUACUUUACAUGAUAAAAGGUGGACCAGUGACACAUUAUAUUAUCAUAAAUCUAACACAUGAACAUCUCUUGAUCUCUCAUCAAUCUCUCUCUCUCCUUCUCCAGUAUAUACUGUACAUUCCUUCUCUUACUGACACACACUCAUGUCACUGUCUCUCUCUUUGUUGUCAUCAUUUCUUUCUAUUUCCCUCUCCUUUAUUUCUAUCUCUCCCUCAGUCUUUAAUAACUUUUCUCUAACUGACCUUCCUCCAUUUCAGCAAGUCAGUCUUGUUUCCAUUCACA